UAUCUGUCUGUCUGUCGCCGCCGCCGCCACCACCGCUCACUCUCCCACCGCCACAUCUUGCCCGCCUACUAGUUAGUAGUCCGCGAUGAAGUUCGCCAAGACCCUCGAAGACCUUAUGGUCCCGGAGUGGCGGACGCAGUACGUCGAAUACAAGGUUGGGAAAAAACGCAUCAAAGCGACAACAAACAACCUCCGGAAUGCAACACCAUCACCAGCGCUCACCUCACUGCGGCGCACCGCAUCGCGCGUCAGUGGCACCGGCGGCGUCGGCGGCGGCGGCGAACCAAAAUCGGGCGGAACCACACCGAUCGGGCGUGUGCGAGGCCUCUCGAUCCUGCGCAGAUCGACAAGUUUGAUGUCGCGCUCGCCGAAUUUGGAGCGGACGCCACGAAGCCCCGGCGCCGAAGCCGAACCUGAGGUUCCCCCUCCAGUGACGUUCCAGGAGCGAUCACCACUACAGCCGACGCCCGUGCAACGCCCGCAAACUGCCGCCAGCUCCAUCGCCGCCCCUGCUAGGAGACCGUCGGUAAACUAUGGGUCCUCCGGGUUCUCUCCUAGCUUUUCGCUACCCAAGGUUGCGGAUGAGAACCAUAUGCGCCCGCCGAAACCACCGUCGCUGCAGCUGCCCGAUCCCAUUCAGCCGUUUGGUCCCCCCGGCACUUAUGAUGGCGAGGGAAUUUCCCGCGGUCCGUCUGCGAUACUAGUCAAGAGUGCGCCGGUUACGGGGCCGAGUGUGGAGGCGGGUCGGCCGGUGCUUGCGAGGUCCGAGUCGAAGGGGUCUAUGAUGGCGGCGAAUCCGCCGUUGCUGAAGCGCAUCUUCACGUUGGGGAGGACGCCGGUGGUGCCGCCGUGUAGCGAUGAGCCCACGAUCGAGGAGGUGCAAGCGACUGCUGAGAAGGAAUUUCUGAGCUGGCUCCUCGGACAACUUAAGAAGUGUGAGGAUUUCUACAUCAAGCGAGAAAUGGAAUCGUCGCAGCGCUUCGACGACAUGCGCGAGCAGCUGGAUACGAUGCGAGAGCGCUGGUUCAAGGCGAAGCAUAACAUCCCAUUCGAGGAGGACGACGUUGAGGACGUGGGCGAUGAUGAGGCCACCUCCGGACUCGAGGCUUAUGACUCCGCUUCGGUGGAUACCACCAUUGGCCCGAAGAAGAGGGUGGGAUGGAAGACAUUCGCCGAAGCUAUGAAUGGCCUCACUCGACCGCAUCCAACCAUCGCGCAGGUCAAUACGGCGGUCAUGCAUCAUGGCCACGAGGGGACAAGGGAUUACGUCCGUCACCUGCCCGUGCCGACUCGCAAACCGCUCAACAAUCCCGCCCACAGAGUCGCGAAGCGCAAGCUCAAGCGGGCGUACAUCGAGUAUUACCACGGACUCGAGAUGUUGAAGUCUUACGUCACGGUCAACCGAGAGUGUUUCCGCAAGAUCACCAAGAAGUUCGACAAAGCCAGCGGAUUGAGGACGUCGCAUCGGUUCAUGACGGCAUACGUCGACAAGAGUAAAUUUGGAGGCGCCGAUAACGACCUGGACGAUAUGCUCAAUGACACCGAGGUGUUGUUUGCGCGGUUCUUCGAGAGGGGUAAUAGGAAGGAAGCGUCGGCGAGGUUAAGAUCGAGGGAGAGUAAGACGGUGUACUAUAGAGCCGUGUGGAUGACGGGAUUUUACCUUGGAUGUGCGUUGGUUAUUGGUGUAUAUGGGCUGUAUAAUGCGAUGAUCCUGCUUUACGAUAAGAAUCAGCCGGAGCGAGCUUUGCGGACGAGCUAUCUCUUACAAGUAUGUUUUCGUUCGCGCGUUACCGGUUGGGUCAAAGCUGACGGUGUGGCAGAUAUGGGGUGGUGUUGUUUUGCUACUCGGCCAGACGUUACUGUUCGCCAUCAAUCUACGAGUUUGGACUCGCAACAAGAUCAACUACGCCUUCAUCUUCGAGUUUGACUCCCGACAUCAGCUGAACUAUAGACAGUUUCUGGAGUUCCCCGCUUUACUGAGUGCCAUCUUCUCUGUAUGCUUCUGGUUCAGCUGCCACGAUUUCUGGAAUGGCCGCAUGGACAUGAUCUACUGGCCAGCGAUUUUCGCUUGCAUCGCUGGUGCCCUCCUGUUCAAUCCUUUCCAAGUGUGCUAUUAUCACUCGAGGCUGUGGUUCUUGGGCGUGCU